AUGGGUUGUAUUCAAAGUUUCAGGGAAUGUUGUGACCGUCAAAAAAAUACAAAUGUUCGUAUCAGUCUUCCAGCAGUUUGCAUUGUGUGGCAAACAGCCAUGAUCAUCUUGUUUGGGGUUUUUAUUCGUUACAAUGAAGAAUCCGAUACACACUGGAUAGAACACAGGAAAGCUAAAAAUAUAUCGAGUGACAUUGAGAACGACUUCUACUUCAGAUAUCCAAGUUUCCAGGAUGUCCAUGUGAUGAUCUUUGUUGGCUUUGGCUUCCUGAUGACAUUUCUCAAGCGCUACAGCUUUGGUGCAGUGGGCUUUAACUUCCUCAUUGCAGCCUUUGGUCUCCAAUGGGCGCUGCUAAUGCAAGGCUGGUUCCACUCCCUGGACUACACUGAUGGAAAGAUCAAAAUUGGAGUUGAGAACCUGAUCAAUGCUGACUUCUGUGUGGCGGGCUGUUUAAUAGCCUACGGGGCGGUGCUUGGUAAAGUCAGUGCAGUCCAGCUGCUGGUUAUGACUCUGUUUGGGAUCACUCUGUUUGCUGUGGAGGAAUAUAUUAUCCUGGACCUCAUACAUGCCAGAGAUGCUGGAGGCUCCAUGGUGAUCCACACAUUUGGAGCUUAUUAUGGUCUUUCCAUCUCGUGGAUGCUCUAUCGGCCAAACCUGGACCAGAGCAGCCGUCUGCAGGGCUCCGUCUACCACUCAGAUGUCUUUGCCAUGAUUGGCACCCUCUUCCUGUGGAUGUUCUGGCCCAGUUUCAACUCAGCCAUCACAGACCAUGGGGACGGGCAGCACAGAGCAGCCAUCAACACCUACCUGGCUUUGGCCUCAACUGUGCUCACUACAGUUGCUGUCUCAAGCCUCUUCCAGAAGCAUGGGAAACUUGACAUGGUUCACAUCCAGAACUCCACUCUUGCUGGAGGUGUUGCAGUGGGAACAGCCGCAGAGUUCAUGCUGAUGCCCUACGGGUCUCUGAUCGUUGGCUUCUGCUGUGGUAUCAUCUCCACACUGGGAUACAUCUUCUUAACGCCUUUUAUGGAAAAGUACCUGAAGAUCCAGGACACAUGUGGAAUCCAUAACCUGCACGGCAUGCCAGGAGUCAUAGGUGGCAUCGUGGGAGCAAUCACUGCUGCAGCUGCAUCAGAGUCUGUUUAUGGCGCUGAGGGGCUCAUUAACACCUUCGACUUUGAGGGUGAGUUCAAAGACGUGCGGCCGACACUGCAGGGUGGUUACCAGGCUGCAGGCCUCUGUGUGGCUAUCUGCUUCGGUGUGGGCGGAGGCAUCAUUGUUGGUUGUAUUUUAAGAUUGCCUAUCUGGGGAGAUCCUGCAGAUGACAAUUGUUUUGAUGAUGAGCCCUACUGGGAGCUUCCUGAUGAUGAAGAAGCCAUCCCACCCAUGCUUCAUUACAACAACCACAUGCACAAUAAAGAUGUAGCCGAGUCAAAUUUUUCCGUGGAGCAGACCUGACGCGAGGCCUUGUCUUUAUCACACACAGCCCAUUUGUUUUUACGAUAUUCUGCUGGAAAGAAAUAUUCAUCUGAUUAUUGUUCUCCAAUCGAAACCACUUGUAUUUUAAACAGUGAAUAUAGGUCUGUUAACAGGCUGUUUGACCCGGAAUUGAGGCUUAAAAUCUAUAUUUUUUAUUUGUUUGUUUGAAGUGAAGUCAUUUGUCAUUUGGAUAAGAUAUGUUUUCCUGGAUAUCUAUUUUCAGAUAAAUUAAUUUCAUUAAAUUUAAACACUGUUUUUAAAUAUUUAAUAAAUAAGUGACAUUAUCUUGGUGCUGGUGGACUGCAGAAUGUGUCUCUUGGCUCAGGCUGAACUAUAUUACCCUGAGAACAUAAUUAUUGUUCCUUUAAGUUGUUGUGAGAGAAAUAGUUAAAUGUUUUGUAUUAGGUUUGCUUCAGACCCACUUGAGUUGCAUUUUGCACUGGAUUUUCCUUCACAACUUUCACAUCUUUGUUUUCAAUUUUACUUAGAUGCAUUAAAAACAGAACUCGAAUAUUUUUUGUGUGUCUUCAUGGAGGAGUUUUACACUGAUAUGUAAUGACAGUGAUGUAUCAUGUUAUUAAAUUAUGCUGUAACGUGACGGAUGUUCAGUUACACUCUACAUAAAACUCACCUUCACUUAGCAUUUAUGAGCAUUAUAUAAAUAGACAAUAAUUGGCUUACAAAAAACACUUUAUUGUAUUUUUAUUUAUUUGUUUUCAUAAGGUAAAAUUUUACAUUCCAGAAAAAAAUCGAAAUUCUCGUAAUCGUAUUUCGUAAUUUUGGAGAAGCGUUUUAAAAAUGAUGUGAAUGAUCCCCUGGCUUUCAGGGGAUAAAACCAACGGUCUGUUAAUCUUUAGGAAUCAGGACUGAUGAAUCUAACAAUGGCAUAGCCUUCAGUGAAAAAUGUUUAAAUCAGACAUUAAAUUGAAAAAUCAAAUUGUGGCACCCAUAGGUUUUUACACCAGCCUCUACCUAUGGGAGCCCACAGGAAGGGCUACUAAGAAUUACAUUAAUUAUCACUGAUAUAUACCCACAACUACUAACAUCAUUGUGUAUUAUAAACCAUGUGUUUAAUGUUUAUGGACUGCUUAUAAAUGCUAAAUAGGAGUGUUAAAGUAAAGUGUUAUUGGUUUAGAAAUGUAUGAUUUUAUCAAAGGCAGAUGUUUGUACAUUUAGAUGUUGCACACUGUAGAAUAUCUAUGUCAUGUAGUUUUGAAAAUUAAAAAGUUUGCUA